AUGGUAAAGAAGGCCGCGCCCGGCGCCGACAAGAAGGCCCUGAAGAAGCAGGUCGCGCACAAGACCACACCCAAGGCGCCCGCCAAGCUCAAGGCGCGCGCCCCGCCCACGAAGGCGCCCGCCGCGCCACGCCCGAAGGCUCGCGCCCCCGGGCCCGCCAAGAAGGCGGCCGCGCCCCGCAGGCCCGCAGGCGGCCUUGGAGGCCUCUCGUACAAGCGCCUCGCAGACCAGCCGCGCCUCAAGGGCGCCAAGGCGGACGCGUGGGCGGCUUUCGAGGCCGAGCAGGCCGCCCUCGCCGAGGCCUACCCCGGCCCCCGCCGCCCGAAGCCGGCCGGCUGCUGGAUGGGGGCUGGCGAGUACAAAGACAUCAUCAAGCGCGGCGGCCGGCUGGUGGCGAUGUGGAUUGACGAGUUCGGGGACUGGUCCGUGGGGGAGCGGGUCUUCUAG